AUGAUGAAUAAUUACUCUAUAUGGUUUGUUAUGUUUAUAUUGAUUGCAAACGAAAAUAUUCAUGCAAGUGAUUUAGCAAAAAAAUUAUAUGAAGAUUUAAUGCGUAAUUAUGAUAAACGAGUUCGUCCUGCGUAUAAUGCAAUGGAUGUUUUGAAUGUAGCAAUUAGUUUAAGUGUAACUCAAUUGAUUGAUGUCGACGAAAAAAGUCAAAUUAUGACAACAAAUGUAUGGCUGAAACAUGAAUGGUUUGAUUAUCGAUUGAGAUGGGAUCCAAGUAUGUAUGAGAAUAUUUGUAUAAUGUAUAUUGCAUCGGAAGAAUUAUGGUUACCUGAUAUUGCUUUGUAUAAUAAUGCUGAUGGAGACUAUCAAGUAAAAUUAAAGACAAAAGCGUCAGUGUACCCAUCGGGGGCUAUUAUAUGGGAACCUCCGAUGAUAUUUAAAAGUAGUUGUCCUAUUAAUGUUCAAUAUUUUCCAUUUGAUGAACAAAUCUGUUCGCUUAAAUUUGGUUCAUGGACACACGAUGGAAACCAAUUAAAUCUCUCACAUAUUGUUUAUGAUAACAUUGAAAUGGCCGAUUCACUUGAUAAUGAUCGUUCUCAAGGAAUAUUUUUUCGUAAUUAUUAUCCCAACGGUGAAUGGGAAAUUAUUCGUGCGCCAGCUAGACGUAAUCAAAAAAGAUAUACUUGCUGUUUACAACCCUAUUAUGAUGUCACCUAUGCACUUGUAUUAAAGCGUAAAACAUUAUUUUAUAUUGUUCAUUUAAUAAUUCCUUGUGUUGGUAUAUCAUUAUUAACAUUGAUUGUCUUCUACUUGCCGAGUCAAUCGGGCGAAAAAAUUGUCCUGUGUAUCAGUAUUGAAUUAGCCUUGACAGUUUUCUUCCCGUUACUCGCUGACUUAAUUCCAUCAACAUCUAUAAUGGUACCUCUGCUAGGAAAAUAUUUACUGUUUAUAAUGGUUCUAGUAGCACUAUCAAUAUUUAAUACAAUAAUUACUCUUGCAUUAUACUAUCGAGAACAAAAUAAUAAAAAAUCAAUGCCAAAAUGGAUGAAACAUUUAUUUGUUCAAGUUUUAUCACCAUUAUUAUUUAUAUCAUCAUCAAAACAACAUGAAAUUAAGAAAACAAGACAAAAUAAAACAAAAAUUCUCAUGAAAAUACCACGAGAUAAUACGUUUGAUAGUAUUUUUUCAAUUAUGUUAGAAAAAAUACUUCAUUUAGGUGAACUUGAAUUAAUUUUUACAAAAUUUAAUCGAACUGUAACAAGAAACAAAAAUGCUCAUGAUUGGCAACAUGUUGCUUUAGUAUUCGAUCGUAUUCUAUUGAUUAUUUUUACUACUGCAUCACUAACUGGUACUAUAAUUAUAUUAGCACAAAGAACUCCAAAUGUUAUUUCAACAAUCGAUUUAAAUAAUCUUAAUCAAGGUGUUUUUAAUGAGUGUGAUUAUAAACAUAAACAUUGA